GGAACUCCCCGCAAUCACGGCGCAGGAAGGACGCCCCAGACUGUCUCUCCAUCGGUUACUUCUCGCCGUCCUCGCCACGGCCGUUUUUCACGGGCCUAUCGUCAUCCACGUGCGACCUGGACACGCUGGAUCACAAAGAACACGAUUACAGCAACUGGAUGGUCAGGCCGUUCCCGGCGACGGCAGACGAUGAGACUUGUGUUGCCGACGAUGAACUCAGCGGGUGCAAUGACGACGACGAGGAAGACCUGCGCAAGGUGAAGACGAAAUCCUUAAAGAAAUGGAAGUCUGCCGAUGACAUCAUUAGAAGUGGAAGCAUUGUUGACAGGUGAGUCUGGCAUUUGGAACACUCCCCCACUAUCCCUUAUCCUCAGAAAGACGUCAAUUUUGGCCAGUUUCAUGAAAACACCGAUAAAGAUGAUUGAAAUUUGUUCAUUACAAAAUCCUAGUCUAUCAAAAUAAUUUGUUUAAAAUUCUAACUUAUAAAAUUUGAUGUAAAUUUUCUUAGUGGGUCAAAACAAAUUAUUCGUCUUAGAUAAACUGGUACACAUUAUUUCUACAGUAAAAUUUUUUAAAAAGUUAAUACCAAUUGUAACAAAAUAAUGUUUAAAUAUCAUCUCAACUGUCUUUAUUUCCUAUCAGCAUACUAGUGUCACUAAAUACAUUUAUUUAUUCUGUAGCUUACAAUCACUGUUGAAAAGAAAUGUGUCCUCCCUGCAUCAAAGACUUUCAAUCCGUAAAUAAUAUGGUGGGUUAAAGAUAUUUUAAUUGUUUGCAUUAUAAAAAUGUGUUUCCUCGCUAUUCUCUAAGGUCCAUGAUACUGGCAAAGAGACGGCGUUUGCGCAUGCGUGAUAGAACAUCGAAACCACUUGUAUUCUCUUCCACUGAGACCGACGAAGGGGAAGCCCCGAAACCGGCAGUCCGCCACAAACUUCUCCCGGCUGACCCCAAGAGCAACAAACAUUAUGUGAAGAACCCCAACGUUGGUAAACGCCAAUCAGCCAACCCGCAACUCAACCACACGGACUCAGGCCAUGACAGUGACACACUCUCCCCGUGCUCUAGCCCCUACCGCAAGGUGGUCAUAGGCUCGGUGCUGGACAGACAGGCCAGUGCGCCAGAGCAGUCCAGCAGCAGCAAACGGCAGACCAGCGUGUUCAAGAAGCCGUGGGAGAACAGACUUCAGAACUUGCAGUGGGUCAGAAAGUCAAGGGUAAAUGAGGAUAUUCAAGUGGGGUCAAGGUCUUCUUUAGUUUAACAUUCAAAUGUGUGAGACUUAGUCUGACAUCGCUAUUUACUGACUGACUGACAUAGGUUGAUAUAAUGC